GACGUCAUUUUGUAGUCCAUUUGACCUCAGACGCCGGAGGAUCCAUUUGCUGUUAAGCUAAGCUGCUGAAAGUUGUGUAACAAGGAAAAUAAAAGGGCACAGCUCCCGGGAGGACUCGUUCACUUGUGUUUAUAGAGGGUCUGUCCUCAUACGUCUGCCCUCCAAAUCUUUAUUUUGAACCAUCAUUCGGGAAAAAAUGUUUUCACUGUCGACGUCGUUUCAGCCACAGCAGAUGAUAGUGCCCCUCAGCCAGCUCAUCAAUGCCCUCCACUCUCUGAAGAACUCAGCCACAGCUUCAGUCCAGACCCUGCACAAAGACUUCACUCCAGAGCACAAUUCAUUUCUCAGAGAGCCCACUGUGAGUCUGAGGGAUCUUGGCCUGUCAGAGAUCAGGGUGAGUCAGCUGGAUGAGUUGGUCAGCAGGUUACUGCCUAUACCGGUACCCGAAGAACCUCCUGCUGUUCCUUCCCAAUGGAGGACGAGUCACAUUUCUGGAGACAGCUUCUUUCACAACAAGCAUGGGUUUUCUCAAAGAAGGCUGGGGCUUUAUGGCUCCACAAUAUUCCACAGACAAUACCACAGUCCUUUAAAAGAAGUGUGUUCACAACUACAGUUUUUGCCUGUAUGGGUCCAGAGUCGCGGUUUCAAGACUCUUAGAUCAAGGACCAGACGAACGGAGUCUGGUUAUGAUGGUCCAGUGGAGUCUGAGGCCUACACACCCGCCUUUAUGAAGGGGUUGCUUCUGAGGGACAAGGGACCAGAGGUGCAGUCACUGGACCAAGUAACGAAACAAAGAAACCUUCCAGAAAACCAGCAGGAGGCUUUCAAGACGGGUUUCACUGAGGGGUUCAUGAGGUCCCAGGCCUUUACUCAGAGAACACAAGACUCGCUGAGGAGAACCAGGUUGAUCCUUUUGGUCCUCCUACUUGUCGGUAUUUAUGGCCUGUCCAGAACCCCGUUUCUCUCCGGUAAAGGCUCCUUUUCUGAUGCUGUGAGGUUCCGCACCACGUCUGGUCUUGAUUCAGCAGUGGACCCCGUCCAGAUGAAGAAUGUGACAUUUGAACAUGUUAAAGGAGUGGAGGAGGCAAAGAAUGAAUUGCAAGAUGUUGUGGAGUUUCUCAAGAACCCACAGAAGUUUACUGUUCUGGGUGGAAAGCUGCCUAAAGGGAUCCUCCUUGUUGGUCCACCAGGAACAGGAAAGACACUGUUAGCACGAGCCGUGGCUGGGGAGGCUGAUGUGCCUUUCUACUACGCCUCCGGAUCAGAGUUUGAUGAGAUGUUUGUUGGCGUUGGUGCAGGCCGCAUCAGGAACCUUUUCAAGGAGGCUAAAGCUAGUGCUCCGUGUGUCAUCUUCAUUGAUGAGUUGGACAGUGUUGGUGGGAAGAGGAUUGAGUCUCCUAUGCAUCCUUACUCCAGACAGACCAUUAACCAGCUGCUAGCUGAAAUGGAUGGGUUUAAGCCAAAUGAAGGAGUUAUUGUUAUAGGUGCUACAAACUUUGCUGAGGCUCUGGAUAGCGCUUUGGUAAGGCCAGGGAGGUUUGACAUGCAGGUGACAGUACCUCGGCCAGAUGUGAAAGGACGCACUGAAAUUCUCAACUGGUACCUCUCCAAGAUCAAAGUGGGCCCUGCCGUGGAUGCGGAGAUUAUUGCCCGGGGCACAGUGGGAUUCUCUGGUGCGGAGCUCGAGAACCUGGUCAACCAGGCAGCCCUGAAGGCAGCCGUGGAUGGGAAAGAGAUGGUCACAAUGAAGGAGCUGGAGUUUGCUAAGGACAAGAUUCUCAUGGGCCCUGAGAGGAGGAGUGUCGAAAUUGACAAAAAGAACAAGACCAUCACCGCCUACCAUGAGUCCGGCCAUGCCAUCGUUGCCUAUUACACCAAAGAUGCAAUGCCCAUCAAUAAGGCCACUAUCAUGCCUAGAGGACCAACUCUGGGCCAUGUUUCCAUGCUCCCUGAGAAUGACCGCUGGAGUGAAACAAGAGCCCAGCUGCUGGCUCAGAUGGAUGUCAGUAUGGGCGGUCGAGUAGCGGAGGAGCUCAUCUUUGGAGAUGACUACAUCACCACUGGAGCCUCCAGUGACUUUGAUGGUGCAACCAAAAUAGCAAAAAUGAUGGUGACCAGGUUCGGCAUGAGUGACAAGCUUGGUGUCAUGACCUAUGGUGACGUAAGCAAACAGAGCCCCGAAACACAAGCUGCCAUCGAACAGGAAGUCAGGGCUUUACUGAAGGACUCAUACGAACGUGCGAAAAACAUUCUCAAGACUUACAGCAAGGAGCACAAGAAGCUAGCUGAUGCCCUGCUGACAUACGAAACUCUGGAUGCCAAAGAGAUCCAGAUGGUGCUGGAGGGCAAGUCAUUGGACCAUUAGAUACCUCAGUAGACAUUUUAGACUCUUGUAUCAUGUAAAUAUGAAUCUGUGCAAUCAAGCACAGGCCUUUUGGAGGCCUUGUAUUUCAUUUGUUUGUAUCCCUCUCAUUAUCAAUGUGAAGAUGACACUGAAAUUAUUGUCUCACCCCUUAUAUUAAUUCUUUUUAUUCAUUUUCUUUUGUUUUUGACAUUUCCUGUGGAGAAGACUUUCAGUUUCACUGGGAUUUUUUUAAAGCACUUCACAGUUCAAUUGAAUGAAAAUAAAAAAAUGUUCUCCACAGGUUUGUCAACUACAAACCACAAAGAUGUUUGAGGUUUCAUGAGGGCUUGUCCUUAACUGUCAAGGCAGAUCACUUCUGUAGUAGUUUUAUAAAGGCAGGGUCAUUAAUGGUAUCAAAGCAAAUUUCUAAUUCAAAUGAAGGGGGCGCAGAUGGUUAAUUAGGAUGAAAAACAUGAAUUUCAGUGUGUCUAUGUCUCAUUUUAAAUUUGUACAGACUGGUGAACACCAUAGGACCUUAAAGUACCUCAAUUUAGAAUGUACCAUUUGGCUGUAGCAAGGUACAGGUGAUAACUCAUUCAUUGUUGAUCUCUUCAUAUUAGAGUUUAAGCUCUGAAUGAUCUACUUCAGUUGCUGUCUGUGUUCUUAUUUAUUAAAGUGCCCAAAGGUGUGUCCUCUUUUUCUGAAAGUAGCAAUAGGCCCUCAUGUCCUAUUCUAAGCUCACCUGUACCUGAUAAAUGAGGGGGGAUAUGUAUAUACUGUGAGUGUGAAAGGAUUGGCUUUGUGCUUCUGUUUGUUCUGUUAGACAGAAGCCUUCUUGAAGCCCAAAUAAAAGUUACUCUUACUCA